GCUGCGCCGGGUAUUUAUCUGGAGAGUCGUGACUGGCCCGUUUACACCGUUAGUUAGGCGAUUAGACGGUUCUUGUUUUACCCGGUGUUGCAUUCCCAGUCCGUGGCCUUCGAUUAGUUCAAGUCAAGUGCGAUUUUUUUUGUUGUUGAGCCAUCCGUACAUAUUAGCUUUGUAUAACUUAUUUUCUUCAAGAAUGUCGAGCUCAAGCCCCGAAUACGCACCGUUCUUCGCAGUGAUGGGUGCCUCUGCUGCCAUGGUGUUCAGCGCCUUGGGAGCAGCCUACGGCACGGCAAAGAGCGGCACAGGUAUUGCUGCCAUGUCUGUGAUGAGGCCGGAGCUCAUCAUGAAGUCCAUUAUCCCCGUGGUCAUGGCUGGUAUUAUAGCCAUCUACGGCCUGGUAGUAGCAGUACUGAUCGCCAACAACACCUCAGAAACUAUCCCUCUAUAUAAGAGUUUCCUCCACCUCGGAGCUGGACUGAGCGUGGGCCUCAGUGGGCUGGCAGCAGGCUUUGCCAUCGGCAUCGUGGGCGACGCAGGUGUGAGGGGCACAGCUCAACAGCCGAGGCUUUUUGUGGGCAUGAUCCUCAUCUUGAUUUUUGCUGAGGUCCUGGGUCUCUACGGGCUCAUUGUUGCCCUCAUUCUGUCCACAAAGUAAAUGCCCCGAUCAUCUCCACUAUGAGAUCGAUUCUUAUGUUGCUGCUGGAGAACGUGUAGGGGGAAUAAAAAUAAAAAUCUGCCAUGCAAGAUGACAGAAAUGAAGGUGGAGAAAAAAUGAUUUAAAAUGGCUCCAUAAACAUGGUCUUUUUCUCAAUAAUGUGUACAGUCAACUUGUAAAUGCGCAAUGUAGUGAUUUGUCUGUCUCGUGUGUGUGUGUGUGCGUGUGUGUUUAAAAAGGAACAAAGAAAAUAUAUAAGAUAAAGAUUUUUCUUCCCUCAAGUUAUUUCAGACUUUGAAUCCAGCUGAGGCAGCUUGGAUUCUGGUUUUAGCGCUGACCAAAGGGCCGCACAGCAUUUUCUCCUCCCAUGUGUACAUGGUAGUUGUAAGCAUAUCUAAAUUAAUCUCCAGGAUCUAUUUGUAAAAACAAUUGCAUAUGGACUCAAAUUAUUUUUGUUUUCCACUGAUUUUAUUUAUAAAUUGUUCAAAUGCAGCAAAAGUCUAAUUGUCCAGGAUAUUUACAUAUAUAAAUAUAUAUACAGAUGUAUAAAUACCUAUAUAGAUUUAUUUAAUGCACUGUGGGUUAAUUGUGGUUGGAAUUCCUCCGGAUGUGAUUCUUGGUUAAAUAAUUAAGACUGCCUUUAGUACGUUGCUGGUGAAGUGGGAGUUUUCUGUGUAGCUAUAUUCUAAUCAAAGUGCAAACAUACUUAAAAACUUCAGUGUUUUUUCCUGUAGUGCCGCUGUUUGCAUUAAAGGUGGGUGUGUGUGCGCACGUGCCCUAUGUCGGGUCUCACCGGUGUAAUUUUCACAUUCCAUCUCCACUCUUCUUCACAACCUCCCAGUUCAUCUGUGGCUGUACCUCGUCUCUUCUUCAUUCCAGCCAUUUAAAUCCUGCAUGGGGUUCAGUGUUUUCUCGCUCUUGGAUUAUGAACUUGCAGAGCAGGUUUCAGAAGAUUUAAUCCAGGUCAGAAUGCAACUUGAACAUUAAAUAAAAGUAAAAUUCCCAAAGAAAACUAUAAAAGAUAUCGUUUAGAUCAAGCGGCAAGUCAAAAGUAGAUGAGUGGUUACAUUUUUCAUAGUUUUCUGCAGAUUUGAUCUGAAGUUUGUUUUCUGGAAAUGACACUGCUGGUGCAUAUGAGCAAAGCGGCCAUCUUGAAUCCUGUACAAGCGCUGGUAUUGAAGCUAUCCUGAUGUAUCAACGUUUUCACUAUUAAAGAUUUCAACUUUUGACUGAC